GCGUAACUCAUUCGAAAUCUUACUCUACCAACUUCUAGUUCCGAUUAUCAGUUUUUCUUGGUCGUCUGUUCCUCGUCGAUUAUUUUCUACAUUUAAAGCAAGUGAAUUGUAUGUAUUUAGUGAGUAGUCGACUCAGUUUUUAUCUCGUUCUUCCCUCUUCUAGAUAACGUCACACUAGGUACCUUCAGGCUAGGCUCAAACUUACCAAAGGUUGAAGUUAAAACUGCCUGUAGUUUUUCUGAACUUUUUGUUGAUGCUACUCUGAAUAUUAGUACUAAUUCUUCACACUAAUCUAUAACCCUGUUUGAAAAGCAGUUUCGUUAAUUAUUCACCAAAAUGGAAUCUAUACAAAAUGCAAAUCUAUCCAAUGUACGAAUUUGUUUUCGGCUUAAUACCGGUCAACGUAUAGAAUGGAAUGGAAACCCAAAUGUAUCGGUUUGGUCAGUUCUUGAAGAUUUAGCGCUAAACAAUCCAGGAAUUGCAGACUUAUUAUCCAUUGAGCAUGAUUCAUCUUCCGAUGAGAAUUGUUUAGCUGUGGUCUUUUUUCAAACUAAGAUUGUAGGCGAGACCAGUUUACGUAACACAACAUUGUCUGAUUUGGGUAUCAGUCAUAAUAGUUCAGCCUUAUUACAAUUAACUAAUUUACCACGUUCCUCAAUGACAAAUCCUAUUCAACGCCGCUGUGACUAUCCUAAAUCAUCGGCAUUAAGUAAGAGCAGAACUAAUAAAGGUCAAGAAAUAGCAACACAUCAAAUUGAUGACGUUAAUCCCCAACAACCUAUUCAUUCAUUGAAGAAUAUCGGAGAUGUUGGACAGCAGCAGGCGCCGAGUAUUUCGCAUUACCACCCGCCUGAUCAUCAUUAUCCAAGUAGCAGUAGUAGUAGUAGUGUACGAGAAACAACAUUGACUGAUGAUGGCACAUUCUCAGGUUUUGUUUCACCAUUCAGUGUGUUCUCAGAUCGUCCAACAACUUCUGCAUUUGAUAAUGUUGGACAAAUUACACCUAAACAUCCUCCGAUUGGACAAAGUCGACAGCCAAAAACUUUAGGUGAAAUUCUAGGCAUCAAUUUAGACUUGUCAUCAUCAUCAUCAUCAUUGUCACCAUUUCAUCGAAAUCAAGCACAAUCAUCGUCUACUGUACCAUUCAAUGAAUUUAAAUUUCCUGCUGAUACAGAAGGACAAGAUUUGAAUUCAGCAUUAUUAAAUUCUGAAUACUCGGAAUCGCCAAACGAAAUGGUUGAUCGUGAAUUCAUUGUAUUUCGUCGACAGUCGAAUAUUAUAUCCAAUGAAAAAUCAUCAAUCGGUGAUGAUGAUGAUUUACCAGAAGAAUUUUUUCAACAUACUGAACAAGAUCUACGUAAUUUAAUACGUUCAUAUCGUAAUGAAUGGUCAGAUAAUCAACCAUUACAAACAUCCUCUAUGCGACGUGAAGCUCAUCGUCAACGUUAUGCUAAAUAUAAUAGAGCAAUUAUACAAUUUCAAUGGAUUGACAAUUUAAUCAUUCAAGCAUGUUUUCAUCCUAAUGAAAAAGUAUCAGCAUUAUAUGAAUUUAUCAGUGAUUUACACAAUUCCACAUGUAACUUCCAGUUAUAUACUUCUCCGCCAAAGGUGUUUUUAUCCGAUAGAAAUAAGACGUUAAUUGAAGCUAAUUUAGUGCCUUUAUCAAAAGUAUUUUAUCAUCCUUCUGAUAUACCAGCUGAAAAUAUUUUGAAAUCAGAUAUUUUGAAUCAAAUUCAUGAAGAGAAUAUCAUCAAAGCUCAAUCGAUUGUUUCCUAUUGGAUGAACAAUUUACCAUUCGAUAAUGCACAGCAAAGUAGUUCGUCUCAAAGGAAUAAUAAUAAUGACCUACAGAAAAAUCUAAGACGUACCAAUCAAAUUGAUCCUGACAUGUCUAGUAGUGUACCGAAAUGGUUAAAAUUAAAAAAAUGAAUUUCGCGCUAUUCAUCACGCACACACACACACACCUGCACACACAUACACACACAGAGAGAAAAUUCCAAGCGAAUGGAUGGCUUCAUUCUCAAUGUAAACAAAAAUAUCAAUAAGUGAAUCCACCUUUUGCCGCUGGUCCCGUCUGUCAAUUCCCAAUAUAAUAUAUUCCCUCCUUUUUGCAAUUAUUGAAUGUACUCGUGACCAGCAUCAUACAAGAGCGAUGCCAGUUUUGGGAACUUUUUUUUUGUUCAAAUUUUAUUUGGCUUUUUUCUUUGUUGUUGUUUCUUGUUUAUUGUGUAUUUUGAAAAAAUUGUUUACAUGGUGUUACUCCAUUUGUUUUUUUGUUUGAUUUGUUUGUUUGUUUGUUUAAAAUUUAAUUUUUAGAUUGUCCCCAAAUAAACACA